AUGAAUCAACAUUACAAACUACAUCUUUUCUCUCACUUAUUUCACUCUCUCUUUUCUUUUACACUUAUUUCUCUCUCCUUUCUCUCUCACACUUAUUUCUCUCUCCUUUCUCUCUCACACUUAUUUCUCUCUCCUUUCUCUCUCACACUUAUUUCUCUCUCCUUUCUCUCUCACACUUAUUUCUCUCUCCUUUCUCUCUCACACUUAUUUCUCUUUCUUUCUCUCUUCUAUUUCUCACUUAUUUUUCUCUCUCACUUAUUUCACUCUCUCAAAUGUAUCUCUUCUUUUUCUCUCUCACUUAUUUCACUCUCUCAAAUGUAUCUCUUCUUUUUCUCUCUCACUUAUUUCACUCUCUCUUUUCUUUUACACUUAUUUCUCUCUCCUUUCUCUCUCACACUUAUUUCUCUCUCCUUUCUCUCUCACACUUAUUUCUCUCUCCUUUCUCUCUCACACUUAUUUCUCUCUCCUUUCUCUCUCACACUUAUUUCUCUCUCCUUUCUCUCUCACACUUAUUUCUCUCUCCUUUCUCUCUCACACUUAUUUCUCUCUCCUUUCUCUCUCACACUUAUUUCUCUUUCUUUCUCUCUUCUAUUUCUCACUUAUUUUUCUCUCUCACUUAUUUCACUCUCUCAAAUGUAUCUCUUCUUUUUCUCUCUCACUUAUUUCACUCUCUCAAAUGUAUCUCUUCUUUUUCUCUCUCACUUAUUUCACUCUCUCUUUUCUUUUACACUUAUUUCUCUCUCCUUUCUCUCUCACACUUAUUUCUCUCUCCUUUCUCUCUCACACUUAUUUCUCUUUCUUUUUCUCUCUUACUUCUUUCACUCUCUCAAAUGUAUUUCUCUCUUCUUUUUCUCUCUCACUUAUUUCACUCUCUCAAAUGUAUUUCUCUUCCAUGUGGAGAUAACCCACAAGUUAAAACCAAAAAGGUAA